AUGUCUAACCCGAACGAAAUAAACGCCGUUUACGUGUUCAGGCAUUUGGGAUUCGUCACCCCGCGAGCACAUUCGAAAAGGAGAAGUAGACCACGAAAGGAUAAUCGGUAUCGACCCCAUCCCAAGCAACCUCCAGAUUUUGGUGUUAAUCUGUUCUUGAAGAAGCCUAGCACCACCUCUAAACCAAGCGAGGAUGAUUUAGAUAUCGAGGAAGAGCAUGAUGAAGAGGAAGAUGGAAAUAUUGGUGUUGUUUGGGAAUCGGAUGAGCUUGAAGCCAUCUCAUCACUUUUCCAAGGUAGAAUUCCACAAAAACACUGGAAAAUUGCAUCGAGAAAGGCCUCUUCCUCUUCCAUCUCCCCACAGGCUCCGACCUUUGGGGCUACCUAA